CCCCCGCUGCUCUCUCCGGAGGUCUCCCUCCAACCGUCUGCACACAAAGGCACCACAUCCUGCCGUGUGGCAGCGAAUCGGAGUGGAAUCUGCUCCGGUUACAGCCGAGGGGCGGGAACACGGGUGUCUCUGCUGCUGCCGCUGCAAGGCAGGGCUCCAUUUGCAAACCUGUCGCGGAGGAACAAGUGUCGCGAGAGGAAGCCCUGCGCCCCGAGCCCGCCCGCCUCCCUUGGCAAAGGCUCUUGGCACCACAGGAAUAUUUGGUGCAGAUGACUGGAGCAACAACAAAAACAGUGUUGGGCUGUUUUAAGGAAGUCCUGAGAAAAGCAGUGUUCUAGAAGAGGCCGUCAAUGUCAAACUUAACUUUGCAGGUAGUAAAUUAAACCAGGCAGUGGUUGCAUGUUCUCCCUCCGAUCCAAAGUGACUAUUGGGAAUGGAGCUCACAAAUGUUCAAGAUGUUGUUACCCAGCUGAACAUCCAUGGCCCAACACUGGCUUUCAGGAACAUUAGCUACUCCGUCAUCACGCCUUGGACAUUUCCUUUCAAAGGAAGAGAAGAAAAAGAAGUUCUCAGCGAUGUCAGUGGUAUUAUGAAACCUGGGAUGAAUGCAGUUUUAGGGCCAACUGGAAGUGGGAAAACCUCGCUCCUUGAUAUCCUAGCAGGAUGGAAAGACCCCAAAGGGCUUAAAAGUGGACAAAUCUUUAUGGAUGGAAAGUUGGUAGAUGCUAACUUUCAUAAGUGCUCUGCCUAUGUAGUACAGGAGGAUAUUCUAACAGGAACGCUCAGCAUCCGUGAGAAUCUUCAGUUCUCUGCCAGUCUACGGCUCCCAAUAAACAGGAGUAGCAAUGAAGAAAAGAAGUUGAAGGUUGAUGCCGUGAUACAAGAGCUGGGCCUACAGGAUUGUGCUGACACCAAAAUUGGGACUGAAUUCCUGCGUGGUGUUUCGGGAGGAGAGAAGAAAAGGUGCAGCAUUGGCAUGGAACUGAUCACGUCACCAUCCCUGAUCUUUCUGGAUGAGCCAACCACAGGACUGGAUGCAAAUACAGCUAACUCCAUCAUGCAGCUAUUAUACCAACUUUCCAGGAAAGGAAGAACAGUCAUCUUCUCUAUUCAUCAGCCACGCUUCUCUAUCUUCAAGUUGUUUGACCACCUGACCUUGAUGAACAAGGGGGAAAUCAUCUUUGCAGGGCCAGCAGAAGAAGCCACCACCUAUUUCAAUGGCAUUGGCUACCACUGUGAGCAGUUCAACAAUCCCUUGGACUUCUUUCUGGAUGUGAUCAGUGGAGAGGUGGUGCAGUCCCAGUUGAGAGAAGGCUUAGACAGUAAAAAAGACAUCAAUUUCUCCAGCAACUCUUCUCUUGACAAGAGUGUGCUCACCAACUAUUAUCGCCAGUCCACAUACUAUGAACAGCUGCAGGAGGACCUGAAAAGCCUGCAGUCAUCUCAGAGCCACUCCUUGGAUGUCGCUCCAUCCAAACCCAAAUACGUUACCUCAUUCAUCCACCAGCUGUACAUUGUGAGUUGUCGCAAUGUGAAACAACUCCUGAGGAACCCUCAGACUUCCAUCGGCCAGCUCCUUUUGGGCGUUGUCUUCUCUUUGUUGGUUGGACUUAUUUACUAUCAAAUACCCAACACUCUGCCUGAAGCUCUACAGAACAGGUUAGGGGCCUUCUUUUUCAUGGUGCUCACUCAGAUCUUUGGGAAUCUGUCUGCAGUGGAGCUCUUCAUCUAUGACAGAAAACUUUUCAUCCAUGAAAGUGCCAGGAGUUACUAUAGGACCUCUGCCUUCUUUCUGGCCAAAGUCUUUGCCGAUCUCCUCCCCAACCGCAUCCUCCCAGUGCUGCUGUUCUCUUCCAUUGCGUACUUCAUGAUGGGUCUCAGACCCGAAGCAGAAGCUUUCUUCCUGUAUGUUUUGUCACUUAGCCUGGCCAAUCUUGCAGCGGUGAGCAUGGCUUUCUUGGUGAGCUCCAGCGUCAACACUUUCGCCGUUGCCAACCUCUUGAUUGCCCUGCCGUAUGUCUUCAUGAUGGUCUUUGGUGGAUUUCUUGUAAACCUCAACACCAUGCUGGACUGGUUGUCCUGGAUCAAAUGGAUCAGCAUUUACAGAUAUGGCAUGAACGCUCUAGCUAUCAAUGAACUCAAAGGACUAGUCUUCUACUUGAACUCUACCAGGGUCCCUGGGGAGCAAUACCUGAUUGAGCAAAACAUUGACUACAGCACUUGGGGUUUCUGGGAGAACCACCUUGCCCUCUUCUGUUUGGCAACUGUAUUCCUCUUCUUUUCUUACAUCCAACUUUUAAGAAUAAACCGUUGGAAGUAGACCACCACUGCAAGAAACCUGGCAGGCAUACAAUGCCCUGCUGCAAUCUUCUUAUCUACCAUCUUAAUAAAAUUAGGAUAUAUUAGCCUAAAUCCAGUUGUUAGUACCAAAAUAGAGGAGACCCAUGAAACUUACAUAAGUAUGCACUUAGCAACAGUCUGUUCAGUGAGGCUCUAGUUGCAACUAGCAAGUGAAUUCUGGCCAUCUCUUCAUCUACUAUGUUAAUAUUAAAUUUUUAGGAGAAUAUAGGUGGAAAAGUUAAAAUACACACAGUUCACUCUCAUUGACAUUGAGAUUAAAAGAUAUUGGGUUUUUUCCCCUCAUUUUCAAACUUCAGGCAAUGCUGUCAUACACACCUGUUCCCAAUGAUACACUCACCUGAGUUGAAAUGGAGUUUUCAGCCAAAAUGCUUAAACACAGGAAUCAACAUUCUGUUGACAUUAGCUAAUACUACACAUUCAUAAAAAUAACAAUUCAAGGGGAAAAAUCAAAUCAGACUGCUUCUGCAGUCAUUUUACUUUUGCAGCAGGUUAAAUACCCUAAAGCAGUGUUUCUCAACCUGGGGAUCGGGACUCCUGGGGGGGUUGUGAAUGGGGUGUCAGAGGGGUCGCCAAAGACCAUCAGAAUACACACAUUUCUGAUAGUCCUAGUUAGGUUCAAAUCCAUCAUUGUUUGAGUCCACAGUGCUCUCUGGAUGUAGGUGAACUACAGUUCCAAAACGCAAGGUCGAUGCCCACCAAACCCUUCCAGUAUUUUCUGUUGGUCAUGGGAGUUUUGUGAGCCAAGUUUGGUUCAAUUCCAUUGUUGGUGGAGUUUAGAAUGAUCUUUGAUUGUAGGUAAACUAUAAAUCCCAGCAACUGCAACACCCAAAUGUCAAGGUCUAUUUUCCCCAAAUACCACUAGUAUUCAAAUUUGGGCAUAUUAGGUAUUUGUGCCAAAUUUGAUCCAGUAAAUGAAAAUACAUCUUGCAUAUCAGAUAUUUACAUUAAGAUUUAUAACAGUAGCAAAAAUCCAGUUAUGAAGUAGCAACAAAAAAAUUGUAUGGUUGGGAGGGUCACCACAACAACAGGAACUGUAUUAAGGGGUCGCGGCAUUAGGAAGGUUGAGAACCACUGCCCUAAAGGGACCUGAUGCUGUCUGAUUUUGGAAGCUAAGCAGGUUUAGCUCUGAUUAAUACUUGGAUGGGUGACCACCAACCAAUACCUGUAAGCCAUAUUUCAGAGGAAAGAGUGGGCAAAACCACUUGUUGAGUACUGUAUUCCUUGCUCAGGAAAACCAUAUGAUAUUCAAGGUGUCACCAUAAGUCAACAGGCAAUGUGAAGGCACAUAUAUACGCAGGCACAUGUCUGCAACAAUAGUUUUGAUACCUUGUUCUAUCACUUUGUUCGUCUUCUAGGACGUUAGCUUUUAUUAAGCACUUACAAUACUUAUGGCAGCUCAGGACUUUUUGCACAUUUUUUGCUUAGUGACUGCAUCCAUUUGUGUGAAUGGGCCAACAACAGACAGUCCCUCUGUAUCACAAGAUUGCAGAUGGAACAUUGUGUCAUACAAAAUGUUUCUAAGGUCUAUUCGCACAUUCAGUUUGCAUUUACUAAGUGUACACUAAUCAGACAUUCAAAAUUUAAUGUGUACAUAUUUAAAUCAAACUGGACAUGUAUCAAAACUAGGUAGGUGUUAACUACAGAUUAGGACAGAUGGAGGUAAACAAACUAACAAGAAGGAAGCACUCUGGCCAAGGAAAGCAUCCAUUUGGAGUGGAGACUUGUAGGCAAUCCUCUGCAUGACUCCGAAGGACCAAGGACAUAGGGAGUACUCCUGGACAUCAUGUUUACUGUGGGACUGAAAUGACAAUUGCCUAGGAGUGGUUUUAGUAGUUUAUUCCAAUAUACCAGCCGUGGUGCUAUAUCUAGAUGGCUCUUGAUUUCCUUAUCCAUGUUUUUGUGAUAUUCUGGCUAGAUUGCUGCAAGGUGCUUUAAGGAUUGCCUUUAAAGGUAGUUCGGAAAUGUUCACUAGAGCAAAAUGCAAUUAUACAAAUACUGGUGAUAGAAAUUCUAGCCAUGUAACAGCUACACAAUUCCAGUUGUCCUGGUUGCUAAUCUAUUUCCAGGCACAAUGUAAAAUGCUGGCAUUGAUUGAUAUUCAAAUCUCUGGGCAGUUUGGGACCAAGUUCCAUAAAGGAUUGCCAUCCUGCUUACCCAACGUGCCUACAUUUUGAGAUCAGCAUUAGAGGCCUGAUUCAUCUGUCCAGAAGUCAAAACAAUGAGGCUGGUGACACAAGGCCUUCUCAGUGGCAGCCCUUUACUUGUGAAACUCUGUUCUGGUUAAUAUAUGCCAAGUCACAUUCAUACAGAUCUACAAGUAGGUAUUAAAGGGUCACCUGGUUCCAUUGGCCUAUAAUUGAGUUUGGGUUCUACUAGAGCUGUUGCAAUUAUGGUGCUAUUUGGUUUUAACCCUUCAUUUUGAUCGUAUUGUUUGUCUUCGGUUUUACAUUUUGUUAUACUGUGCCUUGGGAGGAUUUUAUAAAGUGGCUAAUGAAUCUUUACAAGAAAUAAACAAGAUAACAGUC